UCUCAGUCAGCUGUCAGGCUAUGUUGUUCCGUGUUUUGUAUUCAUAACGUGUUCUUAACCAAACUUUUUUCCAAUUGCUUGGCAAUUUGAAAAUAUAUUUAAUUUUUUCUUAAUUCACUGAUUACAAUAAAAUGAGUCUUAUUCUGCGAAGACUUACCGCCAGGUUUCAGACAGGUAACCUGAUAGUGAGAACCUGUAGCACAGACAAAGAUGCUCCAGAAUUUGAUAUGGAAAAUCCGUUUGAAAAAGAAAAACUCCAAUGUGUCUUAUGUAAACACAAAAUAGAAGCUGAUUAUAAAAAUGUAAAACUAUUGUCACAAUUUCAAUCACCGUACACUGGAAGAAUAUAUGGCAAACAUAUCACUGGACUUUGUACUAAGCAGCAGGAACUUGUAGAAAAAGAAAUUGUUAAAGCUCAGAGUGCUGGACUCAUGGGCACAUACGUGAAGGAUCCACAUUUCUUUGAAGAUCCAGAAUUAUUUAAUGCGGAUAAACCAAUUAGGCCACAUAGGUUUUAAUGUACAACAUAAUUUUUAAUAAAGACAGUAGGAUAAAGUAGCAAUAAAUAUUUAUUAAGCAAUUGUAAGAC